AUGACCUGCUCCUGUGCUUCUCGUGAGACCACAUGGCCAACACGCUGUGGGAUUCUCACACGUCUUGAACUGUACAAGUGGCCGGUGCCAAGACCAUUUCCUAGAAAUUGGGCGCCCUGUUGCAUAUCUUGUCGUGAUGGACUUUUCUCCGGCGGGAUAAUACCUCCGGUCUGGGAGUCUGGGCACACCGUCGUUGAUGAGGGGAGGACUGCGAUCCUCGGACAACCCAUUACGGCAUCCCUGAUCUUGGCCCUUCGCACUAUCACCAACCUCAGCGCAACACUAGACUUGAAGUGUUCAAGAUGUAUCUCUGCACAGCAUGUCGUUUGGUAUUGGGCGAGGCUAGAUCGUGAUAGGAACCCACGAUCCACUCUAGUCUUGCUGUUGCCUGUAUCAACUGAUGCUGCUGCACCUGACAUGCAUACCGUCUACCUACAGGAUCAUGUUCUGCAGUGCUACAUGCUGUGUCACUUUGCAAAGAUCUUCAGGCUGUGA